UCUUAAGUGGCAUUUCUGCAUUAGUUACAGUUAUAAAUUUCCCGCUUUGCGUUUAUCAGUUUUCCGUUCAGAAUGCGCAUCAACUUAAUGAACAGCUUACAACACCCAGUGGAUGAGAAAUUAUCAUCUGCUGCUUCGGAUUACUCCGCAGUUACGACGCCUUUGCAGCGAUCAUCGCCACCGCCGCGCAUACAACGUCAGGUCACCAUAGAAGGGCAACCGGAUUCACUGAACAGCGUGAUCAGCAAUCCAGGCUCGUUUCCGAUUACAAUCGUACCGAAUCGGCCAGCGAGUUUUUACGGCUAUGCGAAAACAGGCGGUGGCGUUUUCCAACGCCAAGCGAGUACCAGAUCGCGUAACUUCCGGCCCGGCAGCAUGCGUAAAGUGCGUCGUCGCGCUGUCUUCAAGAAUGGCGAUUGUAAUGUUAUGCAAAAGAAUCUGAUGCGACGUCGUUUGCGCUUCAUGCAAGAUCUCUACACAACGCUUGUGGACUCACAAUGGCGCUGGACGCUGCUGGUAUUCGCACUUUCCUUCAUACUUUCUUGGCUCUUCUUUGCAUUGCUCUGGUGGCUCAUUAUGUAUACACACGGCGAUUUGGAGGAACUGCAUUUGCCCGAACAUCAAGAGGAAUCCGGUUGGACGCCAUGCGUUUCCGCCAUACACGGCUUCACCUCGUGUUUCCUCUUCUCAAUUGAGACACAACACACUAUCGGUUAUGGUGUACGCACCACCUCCGAGGAAUGUCCGGAGGCUAUAUUCAUGAUGUGUUUCCAAUCGAUAUUCGGCGUAAUGACCUCGGCUUUUAUGGGCGGCAUCGUGUUCGCCAAGAUGACACGCGCCAAGCAGCGCGCACAAACCCUGCUCUUCUCCAAAUAUGCGGUCAUUUGUCAACGCGAUGGUGGUCUCUCGCUGAUGUUCCGUGUCGGUGAUAUGCGUAAGUCACAUAUCAUUGGUGCCGGCGUGCGCGCUCAGCUAAUACGCACGCGCACCACUAAGGAGGGUGAGGUGAUGAGUCAACAUUUUACCGAACUGGAAGUCAGCGCCGAUGAAUGUGGCUCAGAUUUGUUCUUCAUAUGGCCGAUGGUUAUCGAACAUAAAAUCGAUGAGAAUUCACCGUUUUAUAAUAUGUCUGCCACCGACAUUCUGCAGGAUAAAUUCGAGUUGGUCGUUGUUUUGGAGGGUACGGUCGAGUCGACGGGCCAAUCAACACAGGCUCGUUCGAGCUAUGUAAACACAGAGAUAUUGUGGGGUCAUCGCUUUGAUCCGGUGGUUUUGUACAAUAAAGAACGACAAGCUUAUGAGAUCGAUUAUGGGCGUUUCAAUGAGACAACACAAGUGGAUACGCCGUUAUGCAGUGCACGAGAGUUGAAUGAGAUUUAUAAGAUACAAGAGGGCUUUAGAACGCCAGUGCAACGCAAUCCACUGCUUCGUUGCGCUUCGUAUGAGCCGCAGUCGAAUCGUUUGAACGCCUUAUCAGCGGAUACGGCACUCUUCAAGCAAUUGUCCUUCACGUUGCCGAGAAGAAGACCGAAGUCAACAACAACAACUGUAUGCAAUAAAGCAGGCGUGGCACCGUCGUCAUUGACCGCGUCGCCGGUGAGCGAGCGCAGUUCGGGCUUCUCUUCCAUUGGCUCGGCGGACGAGCGUACACUGCGCUAUGCGGCUUUGUUUGAAGGAGUUGAGUGUGUGCGAAAAACUCCGGUAAAAUAAUUGCACCAUUUUAUGCAAAUUAACUUUAAUUGUUAAUUA